AUGGAGCGCUCCCACUACUCUCCGCCAUGGGCCAACACGAGCAUCAUUGGCGUUGCCGGCAGCUCGGGUUCGGGCAAGACGUCGCUUGCUCUGGCUAUCAUCAAGCAAAUGAGCCUCCCUUGGGUUGUCAUUCUGUCGAUGGUUCUGCGUCCUCGUUAUACCAACUCCAUCCAGGAUUCGUUCUAUCGCCCCCUCACCCCGGAUCAGAUCGCUGCUGCACACAGGAACGAGUACGAUUUCGACUCUCCUGAUGCUAUCGACUUUGAUGUCUUGGUUGAAAAACUGAGAGACAUCAAGGAAGGCAAAAAGGCUGAGAUUCCUGUCUAUUCUUUCGAAAAACAUUCUCGCUUGGACAAGACCACAACAAUAUACUCUCCCCACGUGCUCAUCCUAGAAGGCAUCUUUGCUCUUCAUGAUCAGCGCGUGCUUGAUCUUCUCGAUCUGAGAAUCUUCUGUGAGGCAGAUGGAGACCUCUGUCUUUCGCGAAGAAUCGUUCGAGACAUCAGAGAGCGUGGUCGCGACAUGGAAGGCUGUAUCAAACAGUGGUUCACUUUCGUCAAGCCAAACUUCCACAAAUUCGUGGAACCUCAACGAAACGUAGCUGAUAUCAUCGUGCCUCGCGGCAUCGAGAACAAGAUUGCCAUCGAUAUGGUGGCUGACCGCAUCCACAAGACGUUGGACACAAAGUCUGAGGAGCACCGGGCAGAGUUGAAGCGCCUAGGCAAAGAAGCCAAGGACCUUCCUCUAUCGCCAAACGUUUCCAUCUUGGACGGACCCUCGCAAAUCACAGGCAUCAACACACUCCUCAGCAGUGACAACACGACCCGUGAGGACUUUGUCUUUUACUUCGACCGUCUCGCCGCUCUGCUUGUUGAACGUGCUACUGAGAAUGCCGAGUUCAACGCCGUCACUGUGCAAACACCUAAGCCUCAGCAACACACAUACAAUGGCUUGCGCAUGUCUGGCGAGGUUAGUGCCGUUGUCAUUCUCCGUGGUGGAAGCAUCCUGGAGACUGGUCUGAGACGUGUCAUUCCCGACUGCCGCACUGGUCGCAUGCUUAUCCAGACUUCGCACCGCACUGGCGAGCCUGAGCUGCAUUACUUCAAGAUGGGUGGUGACAUCGCGACGCAUAAUAAGGUCUUGCUGCUGGAUCCGCAAAUGUCUAGCGGUGGUGCCGCUCUGAUGGCUGUUCGUGUCUUGCUGGACCACGGCGUGGAAGAAAGCAGGAUUGUCUUUGUCACAUAUAUCGCUGGCAAGAGAGGUCUGAAUAGGUUGAUGACCGUCUUUCCUGACAUCCACGUCGUCGCUUGCAGAGUCGUCGACGACUAUGAAGAGAGAUGGGUUGAGAACAGGUAUAUGGGCUGCUAG